UCCUGGACAGUUGCCCCUCAUUUUACACAUCAUGCCCACACUGCCUCGUUGUCAGCAGUAGCUGUGAAUAACAGAUACGUGGUCACUGGAAGCAGAGAUGAGACAAUCCAAAUCUAUGACAUGAAAAAGAAGAUAGAACAUGGGGCACUGCUGCAGCACAAUGGCACAAUAACUUGUUUGGAGUUCUAUGGUACUGCACAUCUACUGAGUGGGGCUGAAGAUGGGCUGAUUUGUAUCUGGAACACAAAGAGAUGGGAGUGCCUGAAAUCCAUUAAGGCACAUAAGGGGCAUGUGACAUCUCUUUCUAUCCAUCCUUCUGGGAAGUUAUGUUUGUCAGUAGGAACAGAUAAAACAUUAAGAACUUGGAAUCUUGUAGAAGGACGAUCAGCCUUUAUCAAAAACCUGAAGCAAAAUGCCCACAUAAUUAAAUGGUCCCCUGAUGGAGAGAAGUAUGUGACCGUGAUAACAAAUAAAGUGGAUAUCUACAAACUUGACACAGCUUCAAUCACUGGCACUAUCACAACAGAGAAGAGAAUUUCUUCGCUUAGGUUUAUUACAGAUUCUAUCCUUGCCAUAGCUGGAGGUGAUGAAAUUAUAAGGUUCUACAGCUGUGACUCUCAAAAAUGCCUGUGUGAAUUCAAAGCUCAUGAAAACAGAAUAAAAGAUAUCUAUAGUUUUGAAAGAGAAGGACAGCAUGUUAUUGUUACUGCAUGCAGCGAUGGUUACAUUAAAAUGUGGAAUCUGGAUCUUAAUAAGAUUAAAGAUGGGCCGUCUUUACUGUGUGAAGUCAAUACCAAAGCUAGACUGACGUGUCUUGCAGUAUGGCUUGAUCAAGCUUCAGAAAUUAAAGAAAAUUCUGAUAAGGUUGCAACAUCGUCUCAAGCAAAUGAAGAUGAAAAACCAUCAAUAGUCAGGAAAAACAAAGUUUGUUGGACUGAGAAAACUGGUAAAACAGCAAAAAGAAAAAGAAAAAUUGCUCCAGAGAAGCAAAAAUUGGAAGCUCCACUGCUAAAGAAGAAAAAGAAACGGAAUAGCUCAGCAUGAAGGCAGCUACUUUCUCUCCCAGAUAAAAAGUAGAUGCUGGUAUUGCUGUAGUUUUUAUAAGGAUAUAAACCUCUGGCAAGACAUAUACCUCUGAACUGAUCUGUUGUUUAAAAGUAAUGAAUGUUUUUACCCUAAUAAAUGGCCUGAUCAUUCUGGGAA